AUGGCUGAUUUCGAUAUAUUCAAUGAGACUUAUCAAGCAACAUCAGGAGUACAAAUUACAGAUGUUCCAGAGGAUGAUUUAUUCGGCUCCGAUAAUACUGCAAAUACAGAGUCAAUAAAUACUUUCAGUAAUGAUCAAUCAACAGAUCCUUCUUGGCUUGAAAACGACAAUUUAAAUAAUACAACAACAACAACAACAACAACAACAACAAUGACAUCCGAAAUGCAGUUAUUUGAUGAUGGAGAGUUAACAAAUACACAUAAUUCAUAUCUUACAAACGAUUUUUCACCAACAACCGAUGAUACUCAUACGGAUACUCAUACGGACAACACAGCCGCAUUCCAAUCAGACGAGACUUCAUCAUAUGAUAUGUUUUCACCGCCUAUACCAACAACUUCAUCGAUGAGCACCAAUAUGUUUUCAACUGGCAUAACCUCGCAAGAGAAUUUAUCAGCAUUAGAAGCAUUUAAUCGACGUCGUCAACAGGAAAUUGCAGAAAAAGAUGUUGAAGAAAAUUCAAAAAUUCAAGCACUAAGAGAACAAGCCAAACAAGAUGUCGAACGUUGGUAUAAUAAUCGAAAGAUAAAGAUGCAAGAAAAUCGACAAACAAUUGAUCGUGCCGAGGAUGACCUACGUACAGUAGCAUCACAGAAAAGCGACAAAAGUCAAUGUGAUUGGGCUAAACUCAUACGUUUUCUUGAACUUAAUUCCGGUACACAAUUAUCAAAAGCAAAACGUGAUUUAAGUCGAAUGAAAACUUGUAUUAUUAAUGCCAAGCGUGAUAACGAUAAACGUCAAACUGCCACUGGAGUUUGA